AUGGGAAGCGGUUCACAGUGCCACAUUCGACACUUGCAGGAAGCGCUACCUGCAAGCUGGACUCCGCUUCCACCGGUCUCAUCUCUCGUCCCAACCCUGCCUCCAAUCACCGCUUUAUCACGCAGCUCUUACCGCCGGCGUAUCUCGCUCGCCCUAUCGUCAUCGUCGCCGCCGUCCUCACACUCUAUCUCUUCGGCAUCUGGGUCGAGUCCGUCAUUAUCCAGGUCCUGGUCUGGACACUCAAGUCCUCAGAACGAACCUCAAAGUCCAUGUGAAGGUCAGCCUCUCCUCUCUUCAACACGAAACAUGACCAUGGCUGCCUCGCACUCAUCUGCUCAUCGCGGCGCUUCAUCUGUCGUGCCGCAUGCACACCACCAUCACUCGCCUACCGACAUGUAUGGUCACUCGUACCACCACCACGCUCCAUCACAGCAGCCUCGUCACGUUGAGGAUGGAUCUCAUUUGUGGGGAGACGGCAUGAAGGGCAUCUGGAACAGUCUCACUGGAGCGCCUCAUGGCAAGUCUCGCUCGCCUCGUCUAGCCACGUCAUCCACCAAAGGUGAACAUUUGGAACCUGCCCGUGCCUCUGAUGUUGAAGCUGCCACGUCCAUCUGGGACAUUCCGCGUGACACAGUUGCCAUGACCAUGGGUUUCCAGGGCAGCUAUGACGAUCAAGCUUUCCAGCAGCAUCAAGUUUGGCAGCAGCAGCAGCAGCCACCACAACAGCAGCAGCAGCAGCAGCAGCAGCAGACAACACCGUAUUCGGCCGAGCUACAGCCUUCCUACUCCAGCAUGCCUGCGCCAUCAGGGCUCGCAGGAGCCACAGCUUCAGACGUGACCAGAUCUCGCGGCAACUCAGACGUUGGUCUCAUCGGCGAUCGUCAUUACGCACGCGGCAGACCCAGCUAUCAACACGGUCGAUCUAAUGAAAACUUUGCCGAAGGUUCGCACGCCGGUCAGUGGUGGCCUGCCGCCGAAUCCCAUGCAGCCGCUGAGGAUGCUUCGAGUUACUACGGUAAUCGACGUCUGCAGCCUCCUCCGCUGCCCGAAACACGUUCCGCAUCUCGGCCCACCUGGUCCAACCCGAGCGGCUUUGAGAUCAGCGGCUACGAGUUCCCACAAUCCACGUUAGGCAAACGACAGUACGACGAGGAAGCCAUGGGCGGACCGACGCAGGGAAGCAUUGGCGACGCAGCGGACUCUGUUUCACGCAGAUACUCUCUAACAGCGAACGCGUCGUUCUCGAGGCCGUCGGCGCCUAUCAGCGGUAUUAUGAACGGCUACCGUCCUUCUCCUCACAGCGAUCCUCGCCGACCUUCGCUUCCAUCAGAUCAGUACACGGCUCCAGCGUCAUCAGGAACUGCCGCGACGCCGCGUGCUGCAUACUCAAACACACACUGGAGUCCAUGGAGUCAGACCACCACGCACGCUGGCGUUUCCGGCUCCAUGACCACCUCCAGCGCCUCCCCGAACAUGCCUGCUUGGCGCGAUCCUGCCGCAGCUGUACGAUACGGCAUCGAAUCCGGUGGCUACUCUUCUCCCAGCGGUCUUUCUGGCGGCAUCGACAAGCGUCAACAGCGUGAUCGUUCCUCCUCGUCGGCUUCCGCCGUCCAGCAGGCCAAUGUUCUCGCCAACACUCCCUUCCACAUCACCACCGACAUCGUUCUCCGCGCCCCCGCAGGUAGCAAGAUGGAAGACGUUUACUACGACCAGCACUGCGAGCUUCGUACCGGUAUGGCCGAUCCUCCCGCCUCGGAUUUUGAAGUGGAGAAUGAAGACGACCGUCCACGACGACAGACCGACAAGCUGCGUUUCCCUGGAGACCUCUACACUCCAAGAUGGGUUCGAGGCUCAGGUAACGCUCGUGAAGCCUGGUGCGACCGCUGUGAGAGCGGCAACUGGCUGCAGUUGAAGAACUCGCAGUACUGGUACGAUCAGGUACACAAGCACGGUAUAUCGUCAGUUUCCGGGUUGAGGUUCACUGCUCCGACGCAUCUCAAGGUGUACGCGGAUGCGGCGGGUACGGUCGAGGCAAAAUGUCACCAGUGCAAAGAGUGGGUAUUGAUCUGUACAGCCAAGAGGAGGAGGAAUUUUGCGGCGUUCUUCAAGCAUGCACAUGCUUGUCAUUCAUAUAGAAAAGCGAGCGCCGUGGGGAAUGGCCCGUAUGUCGAGCACAACCCGGGUGGUCACAGAAACAGUAAGAAGAGUGCAGGCGGCGAGUCGGCGUAA